CACCUCCACGUGGUGCCUGCUGGACAACGACCCGAGGGAAGUUAACGAACGGUGACAGUCUCCAACGACAGGUGGAGCGAAGCAUCGGUUGGAGUAUUUUUUGGUUGCAUCAAUGGCUACGCCUAGUCAAAAUUUGGAUCUGACUGCUAAGGUGUCCCCUGUAGAUGAUGCGCGUAGUUCUUGCCCAAACGACAUGAGAAAUGUGCGAGGGCUCCCCGCUGAUGGACUAAGUGGGUUAAAGAAGAGAGCCCAAAUACGAAUUGCGACGUUAAACGUUGGAACGAUGACCGGAAGAAGCCGAGAAUUGGCCGAAGCUUUAAAGAACUGCCGCAUCGACAUUGCGUGGUUACAAGAAACCAAAUGGAAAGGAGCAAAGACCAAGGAGAUUGGCGAAAGAUACAAACUUUAUUACGGGACCAGCAGCAACCGCAAUGGCAUCGGGAUCGUGGUCAGUGAGAAGCAGUGGGACAAUGUCACCGAAAUCCACCGAAUUUCCGAUCGGCUCAUGGCCAUCAAGAUCAAAUCGGGUGCAAUGACUCUUCGAAUCGUCUCCGGCUACGCCCCACAGACCGGCUGCCCUGACAACGCGAAGGACAUUUUCUGGGAGAGCUUAGACGCCCACCUUCGGACCGUGGGCCCCGACGAAUACAUCGCGAUUGGUGGCGAUCUAAAUGGACAUGUUGGAUCGGCUAGGGGCGGAUAUGAUGCGUUUCACGGCGGAAGCGGGUAUGGCGACUGCAUCUUGGAGUGCGCUGAAACCCACGGCAUGGCGGUGGUCAAUACCUUUUUCAGGAAGAGGCCGAGCCACCUCAUGACCUGCGCCAAUGGCGGCCGCGCAACGCAAAUUGACUACAUGCUUAUCCGACGACGAGAUUUGAAACUCGUGAAGAAGCAGGCGCUCAAAGUGUGGUUUCAGUCCCGCACCGACGGCGAUCUCCAACGAUGCAAAACUUUCAAAUCAGCUGCAAAAUGA